ACCUAAAGAUAAGAUAUAAGUAGAGUCAGUGGGCAUUAAUAAAACAACAAAAAAAAUCAGUACGAUUGAUAAGAUAAAUUAGAUCGAGUUGCACAAUUUUAGACUAGUUAACUUUAUCAAUCUCGGAAUGGGUUCGACGUCUAGUUCCCCCAGAGGCAAGAUGGACGAUACUAUUGCUCGUCAGAUCGAGACCAAAGUUGAAGUGACGACACCAAUCGUCACCAACAACCUUCAACACGCCGAAGCCUACAAUCUAACUGGUGAGAAAAGGAUUAUCAUCUUUAACCAUGCCACCUUCAGUGAGAACAAAAUGAGAAGGAGAAAUGGGACGGAGAAGGAUCGCGAUCAACUCACCGAGACAUACGAGAGUUUAGGGUUUUCCGUAAAGACAUACGAGGAUCCGACGAGGCAAGAAAUCGAUAACGUCAUGAGGUUGUUGAAGGAACUUAAGGUUAAAUUGGCCUGUUUGAUCAUCGCCAUUCUGACCCACGGUCAGCUCGAAGACGGUCAAUGGACAAUUCAUUCCCACGACAAGACUUACAACUUGGACACGGUCAUUGUGGAUCCGCUUCUACCCCGCAAUUGUAGCGCCUUGGCCGGUCAGCCCAAAAUCAUUCUGGUUCAAGCGUGUCAGGGCGAGGACACGGAUGCAGGAACACCCCUUAAGACCUCUACCGAUGGACCUCAGACUCAUUUCCCCAAAACGACCAAUUACACGAUCGCCAACUACUCGGACUUCCUUUUAGCCUACUCCUCCUACAAAGGCCAUUUCUCGUUCCGCAACAAUAACGGAAGUUGGUUCAUUCAGGACUUGUGCAAAGCCAUCCACGAGAGCCGUGAUGGCGAAGCUUUCCACUCGAUCUUGCUCAGAAUGAAACGCUACGUGAGCACCGAACGAGCCUCCAAUGCCGAUCAACCCGAGUUAGACAACAAGCGGCAGAUUCCAGUGGUGACUGACACGCUCAUCCGACAAAUUUACUUGAAAGGUGAACCCGCGAGCCAAAACAUCCAAGCCAUCACCACCCAAAUCGAAAGAACGAUUACCGAGCCCGUGGCCGAAAUGGAGGUCGUGGAGCUGGCAGGUAUGCCUGAGGACGACGACCACGACGACCCUCUCAAGCGGUCCGAUCAGAAGCGCAAAUCUUUACCUAAACGUCUGGGUAAAGCUAUGAAAAAUAUGUUUAAAUCGUGAUGAGCCGUGGCUCAACGUAUCAUUCGACUGCCGUGAAUCGAAUGGUUUUUCUAAAUAAUAAAUCUGCUGAUGGGUCUUCAAAACACCA